GUUUUAGCGGGGACCGCGAUCCAGGCUGGAGUGGCGCUCGGUGGUCGGAGCGCUGGCGCUGUCCGGACGCCGCGCGGUCCCCGCCUGCGCAGGGCACUCGGAGCCGGGGUCUUGGCGCCUCGCUUUCCGCCCCCGAUGUCGCCGCCCGGCUGCUGAUCGCCGCACCCCCUUCCCGCAGCGCUGUGGGGCCGUGGAAGUCCCUGCAGAGGCAGGAAGCCUCCUUCGCAAAGCUGGAAUGGAGGUAAAUUGUUUAACACUAAAAGACCUGAUCAACCCCAGGCAGCCCAGACUAGAUUUUGCAAUAGAAGAUGGGGAAAAUGCACAAAAGGAAAAUAUAUUUGUUGAUCGAUCAAGAAUGGCCCCAAAAACUCCAAUAAAAAAUGAACCAAUUGAUUUAUCGAAGCAAAGAAUCUUCACUCCAGAACGAAAUCCCAUCACACCUGUUAAGCUUGUCGACAGACAGCAGGCAGAACCAUGGACACCCACAGCUAACCUGAAGAUGCUCAUUAGUGCUGCCAGCCCAGACAUAAGGGACCGGGAGAAGAAAAAAGGGCUGUUCAGACCUAUUGAAAACAAGGAUGAUGCAUUUACAGACUCUCUGCAGCUUGAUGUUGUUGGGGACAGUGCUGUGGACGAAUUUGAAAAGCAAAGGCCAAGCAGAAAACAGAAAAGUUUAGGACUCCUGUGCCAGAAGUUUCUAGCUCGCUAUCCAAGUUAUCCCUUGUCAACUGAGAAAACUACCAUCUCCCUAGAUGAAGUUGCGGUCAGUCUUGGUGUUGAAAGGAGACGCAUCUAUGACAUUGUAAAUGUGUUAGAGUCACUGCAUCUGGUCAGCCGGGUGGCCAAGAAUCAGUAUGGCUGGCAUGGCCGGCACAGCCUGCCAAAAACCCUGAGGAACCUCCAGAGACUAGGAGAGGAGCAGAAAUAUGAAGAGCAGAUGGCAUACCUCCAACAGAAAGAGCUGGACCUGAUGGAUUACAAAUUUGGAGAACGUAAAAAUGGCUAUCCAGAUUCCCAAGAUCAACAGCUCUUGGAUUUCUCUGAGCCCGACUGUCCCUCUUCAUCUGCAAACAGUAGAAAAGACAAGUCUCUGAGAAUUAUGAGCCAGAAGUUUGUCAUGCUGUUCCUCGUCUCCAAAACCAAGAUUGUUACUCUGGAUGUGGCUGCCAAAAUACUAAUAGAAGAGAGCCAAGAUACCCCAGACCACAGUAAAUUUAAAACAAAGGUACGACGCCUGUAUGACAUAGCCAAUGUUCUGACCAGCUUGGCUCUGAUAAAGAAAGUGCAUGUAACAGAAGAGCGAGGCCGUAAACCAGCCUUUAAGUGGAUCGGGCCUGUGGACUUCAGCUCCAAUGAUGAAGAACUAGUGGAUGUUUCUGCAUCUGUCUUACCAGAAUUGAAAAGAGAAGCAUAUGGCCAGAUUCCAGUCUGUGCAAAACAGAGGCUGGCUCGUCAUGGUUCUUUUAACAUCGUUCAUGCUCCUGAGAAGGUCCAGAGGAAAGUGAACUCGGAACCCAGCAGCCCGUACAGAGAAGAGCAAGAAUCAGGGAGCUACUCCUUAGACAUUGGAAGUCUGGCAGCUGUCUAUAGACAGAAAGUAGAAAAUAAUUCACAGGGAAAAGCCUUUGCCAGUAAGAAAGUGGUGCCUCCAGUGAGCAGCUUGGACCCUGCUGCUCCUUUGCCUGUCUUCUCUGUUGACUCAGAAUAUUGUGUUAAUCCUUUAGCUCACCAAGUAUUUUCUGUUGCUCAAACGGACUUGCAGACAUCAUCUGUGCAGAAUGGUCUGAAUGGACAAAUAGGUGUCUCGCUCCCUUCUGCAGCCUCUGACGGGGAGAACCUAAAGCCACCUCUGCUUGCCGGCCAGCCCUUGGUGUACGUGCCCUCCACCUCCCUGUUCAUGCUGUAUGGGAGCUUGCAGGACGGACCGUCCCCAGGGUCAGGGUUAGGGUCAGGGAGGGAGGGCAGAAGCUCAGAAGUCCCAGCCACAGCAGAGCUAUCGUCCACAUCCUCAGCCCAGAAGCGCCUCUGUGAGGAGAGGAAGCCUCAGGAGGAGGAUGAGCCGGCCACUAAAAGACAGAGUAGGGAAUAUGAUGACAGCCCCCUGUCCCUCGUCAUGCCCAAGAAACCCUCAGGCUCCACAGACCUUGCCUCUCCCAAGACUGUGGGUAACAGGAGAUCGAUGCCCCUGGAAGACAUUCACGUGAAUGGCCAAGUCUCUGCUGCAAAGGAGGUUACAGAAAAGGCUACAGCAGACUACUUCGUUUCUUCUGAAUGGGAAAAUCCUUCCAGAAAUACAGAUAAUGAAAAGCCUUCAAAAGAAAAUGAAAGCACCAAAGAGCCCUCUUUGCUGCAGUAUCUUUAUGUGCAGUCUCCAGCUGGGUUAAAUGGUUUCAGUGUGCUCUUACCUGGCAGUCAAGCCCCCCAUCCUGCAGGACCAUCUUCAGGUCAGCUGCCAUCCUUCAGUGUUCCUUGCAUGGUCUUGCCAUCUCCAACGCUGGGCCCUUUUCCUGUUCUCUAUUCUUCCGCAAUGCCCGGGCCACUUUCUUCUGCUCCUGGUGCUCUCCCAAACACAGGACCUGUGAAUUUCGGCUUGCCUGGCCUUGGAUCGACAGCUCAGCUUCUCGUCAGCCCUGCAGCCUUGGUCAAUCCGAAGUCGACCACACUACCUUCUGCAGACCCUCCACUUCAGGGUCAUCCCCCACUUAACCUGAGUCCGGUGAUGUCAAGGUCACACAACAUCAUCCAACCUGAGUCUCCCAUUUACAUGGGACAUCCAGUCCCAGUAGUAAAAUUACAACAGUCAGCAGUUCCAGUGACCCCCAAGAGCAUCCGAUGCGCACAUCGUGAGACAUUUUUCAAGACACCUGGCAGUGUCAGAGACCCUGUGCUUAGAAGAAGAGAAAGGAAUCAGUCACGAAACACGACCUCAGCCCAGAGGAGGCUAGAAAUCCCCAGCAGUGGGGCUGACUAACCUGAUGCUUUGCCAGGUGGGGGUGGGAUCAAGCCUCCUGAAUUCCCCUGUGUUGCAGGCCAUGUUCUAAGUAGAAUGCAAACCAUCUGGUCGUCAGCACGCGUCCUUCCUCUCUCUUUCAUCCACUGGUUCUGUUAACUUCCCACCAUCAUGAAUAUCUAUUCUCCUAAAGUAGUUAUUAUUAAUUGUGCAUUUAAUACCAGGUAGAGUUCAGACUCUGCAUGGUGUCUCAGUGAAAGCACCGACUGACUUUCAUGGUUUUGAUUCAAGAAUCAUCUUAUUGCUGGAAGUAGAUCUGAACAGUCUACUGGAGCCUUGUGGUUUUUCUAAAGGAGGGGGCUGUCUAGCACUUAACUAGGGUAAGCAUUCCUGACACGUAUUUCCACUUGCCCUGUGUAAAUCUGUGGUGAGAGAAACUUCCUUUCUGCAGUUUAAAAAAGCUACUGCUUCCUUAGGCUUCGUUGGGAAGCCACCUUCAGUUGUGAAUCCUAUGGUCUUAUUUAUUUUAUUCCUGAAAUGGGAUUUAGUGCAAAAAGUUUACAGCUACAGCCUAACACAUAUUUUUCAGGGUAUGACGACUUGAAUGUUUGUACUUUUUUUUUUUAUAAUUUGCCCUGCACUUAUUCUACAACCUAGUAAUAAUGUGGAUAAAUGUAUAUACAUGGCAAAUGUCAAGACCAAAAUAACUGUGAAUGACACACCUUGCUAUAAAUGAACUGUGCUAACCUUAUCUGUGGGCAUGAGAACUAAGAAGAACUCUAGCAGCUUAUUAGCUGCUUCUCAAAUAACAGUGUAAACAAUGAGGUUUUACUGUUUAUAAAAAUCCUACUGUGUUGUUUCUUUCACUACAUGCCCUGUGUUUUUUAUUUAAAUGUUAACUAUAGGGUACCAGGUAUGGAUGCCUUCUAACAAUUGCUAUUUAUAAAAUAAAUCAGGAUGGUAGAAAUUAUAUGGAAAUUUGGAACCUGGAUGAGACCUUUUGGUUGAAUUCUGAAGAGUAAUGGUGUAGAAAUUGACAUCAGGCAAUAGGUGAUUCUUUUAUUUUUCUUUUACUUCUUUUCUUCAUGUUUGGAAGGGUAAGAGGGAAAAUGGACACAUUGUGUUCCAUAUCCAAGAGUAUUCAAACCAGAGUUAUAUGGUACUUCUGAAAAAUAAGAAAGGUAAGUACAGGGGUUCAUUUUUCUAGCAGAUAAAAUUCUAGAAACUAUCAUGCAAUAUCCCUUUGUUAAACCUUAUUACUUUUAGGGAUACAUUAAGUAGCAAACUAGUUCUUUGUAUUCCUAGAUUUAUUGAUAUUUACCUCUUGUCUGUUCAGAGUAAGUGACUUUCUUCCUUCCUAUUUCCUUCUUCCUUUUCUUGUCUCUCUUUCAACUUCUAUCUUAGAUUUAGAAUUUUGACAGUGUUUUAUUUUAUUUUUAUUUUUGGACCCAGUAAAAUGUUAUAUGAAAAGAUAAAAAUAAUAAUUUAAGAGACUCUGGGAGUCUGAGUAAAGUAGCUUUAUAUUAACUACAGGAUAAUAUUAGCCUUAUUACCCCCACAAGAUUUUGAAAACUUGAGGUAGGUAGUCAGAUUAAAUAAAUUUGCUACUUAUGUAAAAUUUUUAUCAACACUAAACUUUUAAAGUUUAUAACAUGUUAUUUUUUCCCUUUUUUACAAGCUAGAGUUAGAUUAAAAAUGUUGUUCUGGUCGUCAACAAUUGCAUGGUGAUGAGUACCCUGAACUAACACUGAUGGGUUCCCAAUAAAAAUAUGCCUUUUUCAGGUAGAUUGCAGGAUACGCAACAUAUAAAUCUAUUCAGGGUAUGUGCAUUUUAAAUCUACCAUGCUUAAGAAUUUCCACCAAAUAUUUUCACAGAGACAUCUUCAUUUAGAUGGAAACACAAACUGGUUUCCCCUGACUGUUCCUGGAUAUUCUUCAUUUAUUUUAACUUUUUUGCUAUCCUUUUUUAUUACUAUUAUUAUUGUGUUGUUUGUGAUGUGACCAUAUUCACCUAAGAGAAUUCAUGGUUCUUGAGGGGUGUUAAGAAGCAAUCCCAUAAAUGAGAAUAUUAUGACUUUAUGACCAUACUUAGCAAUAGAAAACUAAGGAAAAAAAUACCUUUGUGUUCAGUACCCACUUCUCAACGUGGCUUUAUGAUAUGUAAAAUAAUGCAGUGUUUGUGUCUGUCAGGGAAAUGAAUCUUUCUUACAGAACAGCUGAUGUUAGCAAAGUUGCUGAGCUACACUUGGAUAUUGUGGGUAGUGAAGAAGCAAUGGCAAUCUUGAGUCUAUCAUUGUAUAAUUUAGUAAAAGAAAAAAAUAAUUGUUGGUGAUCCUGGUAAGGAAAUGCAUCUUUGAGUUGGCACUGAGGGCGCGUGUGCCCUACACUGUCCAGGGUUUAUGAAACCCUUUCAUUCUGGUACAAGAGUUGGGGGUAUAACUUUUAUACUUGAAUCUACCUACCAAGUUUACAUUUCUCAAUUCUUUUUUGUAAGGUGCUAUUUCUGUAUUUAAAUAACUUUUUUUAAAUGUAAAGCUGCUUUCUGCUUAUCUUAUUGCACUGCUAGUUUGAUGUACGUAUUAAUUUUAUUGUGGCUUACUGCUUUUGUUUUCAUAUUAUUUAGCUCUGCUCUUUUUCCUAACGGCUAUAUUAUCUAUAGCUAUCUACUAGUAACUUUACUACAUGUAAACUGAUUUUUUUUUAGAAAAAUAUUAAGUUUUAUAAAAUAGCAAUAAAAAUUAAUUCAUUUGGU